GCCCAGUUGCCCGGUUCCGACUGGCACCAACAAAGAACGAAACCAAAGCCACGCCAGUUCGCCAACCACCUCAAAACCAUCUCCUCGUCCUGCUCCAACCCUACGAUACCAUUCUUCCAAUACAUGAUAUCACGAUACAAUACAUGCGCCAUGAACCCAUCACCAUCACCCUUCGAGAAAUCACCUACAAACGGCUUCACCCGCGAAAAAGACGAUGCUGAGCCCGAGCCCUCUUUCCGGAUGCCUCAGGCUUACGGGCACGGAAUCCACUCCUCAACGAACGAGUACCUAGUAGCACUAAUCUACCCGGCCACGCUCGCGCUCGCCUCUGCCUUCUACCUCCUCUCACCGUCGCCCAGCGCCAACGAGUCGUACUUCAGUCACAAAGGCAACUUGAUCAAUGUCGUCUUCGUAAAAUUCGGGUGGUUCUGGACCACAGCCGUGUUCCUCCUGCACCUGUCCCGGUUACGCUCUUCGAGCAAGCCGAAGGCGCUCCUGAGAUGGGUGCUGGCAACCGUCUGGUGGAUCAGCGUCACCCAGUGGUUCUUCGGACCUCCGCUUAUGGACCGGACGUUCUUGAUUACCGGUGGUGCGUGCGAGGUGCUCCACAAGGCGAAUGCGGAUCCGAACGAUAACGGGAUGAGCAAGGGGGGGAUGCUGUUGACUUCGGCGGCUUGCAAACUCCAGGGCGGAAGGUGGACUGGUGGGCAUGAUCUGAGUGGACAUGUCUUCCUGUUGACGCACGCAAGUCUCUUUCUGUGGAGUGAGGUUCUGCCGGUUUUGAGCACGGAUUUCUGGGGAGGUGUCGAGAGUGGCGCUGUUUGGGGCUUGCUCGGUAUGUGGUGGUGGAUGUUGCUCAUGACGGGGGUUUACUUCCAUACAUGGACCGAGAAGAUCACCGGAUUAGUCGUCGCGACGUUCGAGUGGGCUGCCCUUUACAUGUGGGCACUCAAGUCCCUUCCCAAUAUCAGGAUGCUAUUGGGAGUUCCGGGUGUGUAGCGGGCAAGUUUUGUGUGUGAUCGGCUUGAUAGACACCAGAAUUCGUUAUGUAUUCCACUCUACUUUUUACCCGCAUAUUUGUACAGUUUUCAAUUCCAUAUUUCGAAAGUAAAGACAUUUAUU